CUCGGUGCUCUGGGCUGGUGACGAGGUGGGCAUCGGGCACAGCUUGGACUCCAUGGGCUUAGAGGUCUUUUCUAGCCUAAAGGAUUCUGUGCUUCUGCCUUGGCCCUCACAGGAUUGAGGUCACUGUUGGCUUGGGAUGGACUUCCUGACACUCUUCCUGAUUUACCUGUGCUUUGUGCUCGCUGUCACUGCCCUGCUCUGCCUCUGCUCAGGAAGGAAGGAGAGUUUCCUCACAAGGAGUGUCGACAGGGCAAGCCAGGUGUUGUCACUAGUGAUCCCCACCCAGCUCCAGAGAGUGACACACAGGACACUGCACAGGCUCUUCCACACAAGGAGCUGUUUGUUUGUGGUCCUGCACGUAGCCUUGCAGGCUGCAGUGUUUGGGGAAUACACCUGGGAAGUGUUUGUGUACUGCUGGGAGCUGCAGUUCCACAUCCUCCUCCUCCUCCUGCCCUACCUGCUGCUGGCUGGGAAUGUGGGCUGCUUCCUGCUCUGCUCCCGGGCCAAUCCUGGUAUAGUAACAAAAUCCAAUGCUGCAUCACUGGUUAAGGUUUAUGCCUAUGAUGGGGUGUUGUUUCAGAGAGGCAUUGUGUGUCCCACGUGCACCGUGGAGAAGCCAGCCAGGUCCAAGCACUGCAGUGUCUGCAGGACGUGUGUGCAUCGCUUUGACCACCACUGUGUGUGGGUCAACAACUGCAUCGGCGCCUCCAACGCCGGCGUUUUCCUGCUGUACCUGCUCUCCCUGACAGCCACAGCCGGAGCCGUGGCUGCUGUCACGGCUGCAUUCCUCAUCCAGGUGCUGCUGCUCUCCAACAUCAUGCACGGCACCUACCUGGAUGCCCAGGGACAGGAGCACGCCGUGGAGAUUCCCUUCCUCAUUCAGCACCUUUUCUUGACUUUCCCUAGGAUUGUCUUCAUGCUGGGGUUUGUCAUCCUGCUCACACUUGUCCUGGGUGGAUAUUGCUGCUUCAGUCUGUAUUUGGCCCUCACCAACCAAACCACCAAUGAAUGGUGCAAAUCCCGAAGAUUGAGGGGUUCCCAUCUCCCACAGCAGCCUCAUGACAGACCCCUCAUCUACAAAAACAUUUAUUCUAAAGGGAUCUGGAGGAAUUUAAGGGAAAUCUUUAACCCUCCUACAGUGUUGGAAAGGAAGAAGAAAACAUGAAGAUAUUAUUGUUUCUAUGGGCAUUUUUAAAUGUUUUCUACAACUUUAGUUCAGCAGUGGCCUUGGCUGCCCCAGACAGAUUUUGGAACAAGAUUACUGCAGAAUUCACAUAUUGGUGCCUCAGCAGAGCAUCAUUUGAGCUCCCCCACUCAGCAAGACUCAAGGCCAGCUCAGCCCUGGCCCCUGGCUACAGGGAUUUGGUCCAUCUUCCCAAAGUGAAUCUUUCGCACUGGGAAAGGCUAACACAGAGCUCCCGUGAAUUUGAGGAAGCAGCAUCUUUUUGUGAGUCCCUUUCUUUGGGAAACAAUUGACUCAUUACUGUUAACAAUGACUACAACAGGCUGUGUGUGUUUAGCUGAAAUUAUUUCUGGCAGGAUCUUACCUGCAGAAACCAUGUCCUACUGCAGCUUUGUGGCAUUAACUUCAGGAAGGAAAUUAAAAGUGUUCCUGUUCUCCUCUC